CAGAUCAAUCUAAUUUGAUUAUAUUUUAUAUUUAAGUUUAUUUUUAUAACUUUAUGCAGGUUAUAGUGUUGUUUUACAUUUAACAUUUAACAUUUUUAUAUUUAUUAGCUUGAAAAUAUUGAAUGAUUUCAAGUUUUGAUGAACUUUAAUUCAUCACAUGGCCUUCUGUUUUACCACCUGUGUUAUUAAGGUGGUUCAGUUUACUUUUAGGUACAAAGAAGCUGUUAGUUAAUAGUUAUAUUGAUAUCAGAUAAUGAUUUAUACAGAUAUGAACUGUAAAAUAAACAGGCAUCAAAAGUUGCCCCAUAAUGCCUAAAACAGUUUCAUCAUAUUAUUUACAGUGAGUUUCUAGCCACUGCUAUAAUCACAGCUGUCUUUUUUUUUUUUUUUAACCAUAACAGGAUUUUACAACUGAAGCAGGUUUUGCAUUUGGCUUUUUAAAAACAAUCUCAUCGUACAUUGGACUCAAUGUGCUUUAUUGUACCUGCUGUAUGUUAAUAUUAUUAUAUUAUUGUUUGCAAUAUUAUUUACAUUAACAUUAUGUAAUUGAUGUUCAUUGUCAUUUCAUACACAGUUAUACUAAAUAAUUAUAUAUACUAACCUGGCAAAUUACUUGGUGUUUUUUAAUUAUUAUUUUAAUUUUUUAUUUAAUUGUUGUUUGUAUUAGUGUAUAUUGCAGUUCUACUUUUUGCAAUCUGAAAGUGAGUGACACCACCUGUCACCAGAACUGACUCUAAUAUGCAUGCAUGCUCUAAGUUGUAAACAAUACAAAGAGGCUGCAUGGUGAAAGUGAAGAUCUCUGUUUAGAUUGGAAGGUAAAUCCCCUGGCUUUAGGUUUUUUUGGGAGGUUUAACAGAUGAAUCUGCUGAACUCCUGGACUGGUGGAGUAUAUAGCAUGACGGCUGCCCACGGUGAGGCCAUCUGUGGCAGCGCCACUGCCAUAAACCAUGUCUCUGGGCAGAAACACAAAUGCAACGUGUUCCUCCUUCAUUAUACAGACACAUAUAAGAGUCACAUAGCUCGUUUAGACAUUAGGUGCAUUUAUAGUUUACACUGAUAUCUGUUAGAUCAUGGUUUUAACAUUUUUUGGACAUGAUACUGUGGUAAUGUUGUGGUUUUUGUUAUCUGCUUCCGAUAUAACAUGUUUUCCCACAUAUAUUGUUGGAUAUACUAGGUUUAUGAUUUCUGGGUGUUACUCAGCCUGUUCAGCAGCAUCUAGACAAUGAGCAGUGAGUGGGCGGAGCCAUGAGCCAUAGGGAGGAGCCAGAGGAGGCGGGUCUCAUAGGUCCUCCCCCUCAUCGCAGCAAGCAGCCCAAUGGGACUCCUCUAGAGGGAGGUCGACCCAGAUGGAGGCCAUGCCAGCUUCACAAUCUGGAUGCAGAAGGCCAAGGCCACCACCAUCAUCACCAAGCCAACCUGCACACGUCUGGAUCUAGCCGAGGUCCACCACGUCAUCGAAGGCGGCAUGCUCCUGGUGAAGCACAACGCAGGCGGGCUGAGAGCGGAGAUACAGAAGCUAGAGCUGGCCAACAGCCCAAACCGGGGGCGUCAAGACACCAUCGAAGUGGAGAGAGACUCCAUCAGCACAGAUAUAGACAACAGCACAAAGAAGAAGAAGAAGAACAGGUGGUCAAAAGUCCUCCAAAAGAACAAGCUUCAGAGCCAUUAUCUCCAGAAGAACCGCUGACUCCUUCUCCUCAGGAUGAACCAAUCACUGAUGGACUGGAUGGAAACAGUCCAGAUCUGUCCCAUUCAUCUGAUACACACAUUGAUCGUGAUCCAGAACCUGAAUCUUCAAUGAAACAGUUGGAGGAGAAGGUUCAAAGUGAAGAAUCAAAGUUAGGCGAAGAGGAACUGGUGAAAGAGAACCAAGAAAAGGACUAUUUCAGAGAAACUCCUGAGCAGGACUAUGCUCCUCCUAAGAUUGCUUCAAAAAGUCGUCCUGAAAGUAAAAGAACCAGUCCGCUAAGAGUAGACGUUCCACCAUUCGCCACAUCUCCUCGCCAGAUGAUGAACAAACCUUUUUUUCAAUCCCCACGAACCUUCCCUGAGACUCUUCGAAGCCACAACUCGGAUCCAAAGUCAUACCCUGCUCAUUUUAACACCGGUUAUGCUCAUACGAGCAAGGAUAAAGGGUUUGAGAGUCCCAUGUCCCAUGCUGAAGACCACCAAGAAGAUCUCUCAGACUCUAGUCCUGAAGCCUGCACUGUUUCUCACCCUGAAGAGAGUCCAACAGAACAUCAGACAGAAUCAUACCUAACCGAUCCUCCUCCAGCCCUUGAGGGACCUCAAACGUACGAGAGGCACCAGAGCGUGACCACGGAGGAGUGCGACCCUCAGGAAGACAUCGAUCAGCGUACUUCAGUGGGCUCCAGGCUGCACCACUACAAUGAACAGUCAGGAGAUGAAGCCGAAAGCUCAGGGAGAGUCAGAGCCCAGGUCAGGAAGACGUCAAGCUCGACUAGCCUUUCUCAAGAAGCUCCUCCCGAAGAGGAGACUUCAGAAACUGCUCAGCUUUCACCUGAUUUGCAGGUAGAAGUCGUGGAGAGACCUGACAAGACGUCCACUCCAGCCCAGGAUCAGAUAACAGAGGCUUGCAGAGCUACAGGAGACGCCGUCUCGUUGGCCAUCAAGGAUAUUAAGGAAGCUAUCGAGGAGGUGAAGACCAAGACGGUGCGCUCGCCCUACACACCUGACAAGAUCACGGAGCCCGUGUGGGUGAUGAGGCAGGAUGUGAGCCCUGUUGAGGAGAACCCUCCUCAGCUACAGCCUCAGGUUCACUCACAUCCACAGUCACCGUGUCAGCUAUCACAGUCUUCUCCACAGUAUGCGGCUCCAGUUCAAGACGCUGAACUUCCUUUGGGAGCAGAAUCCUCUGGAGUCCAUCAUCAGGACCAGGAUCUAGACAUCAGUCCCAGUGUGCCAAGUGAAGAGAAGAGGAGAAGUUUGGCCUCUUUUCCUACAUAUGUUGAUGUUCCUGGCCCAUGUGAUCCUGACGAUUUGAUUGACGGCAUCAUUUUUGCCGCAAACUACCUGGGCUUCACCCAGCUGCUGUCGGAGAGGACGCCCACGAAGAGCGGCCGCAUGCAGCAGGCCCAGGAGGCCAUGAGCCGCGUCCGGUAUCAGCAGGGCAGUGAGAGUGGGCCGGCGGCCAGCACAGAAGUGGACCUCUUUAUAUCGACGCAGAGGAUCAAAGUGCUCAGCGCUUACACACAGGACACCAUGAUGGACCAUCCUCUGAGGACCAUCUCGUACAUCGCUGACAUCGGGAACAUGGUUGUGCUGAUGGCUCGCAGGAAGAUGAUUCGCUCUCAGAGUGCACAGGAGAGCUUGGACACUGCAGAGACGCAGCACACAAACCCAGCGCGGGACGACUGCCGCCAGUACAGGAUGAUCUGCCAUGUGUUUGAGUCAGAAGAUGCUCAGCUGAUUGCUCAGUCCAUUGGUCAGGCCUUCAGCGUUGCGUAUCAGGAGUUUCUGAGAGCCAAUGGCAUCGAUCCAGAGGACCUGAGCCAGAGAGAGUACAGCGACCUGCUCAACACUCAGGACAUGUACAACGACGACCUCAUUCACUUCUCCAAGUCUGAAAACUGCAGAGAUGUGUACAUCGAAAAGCAGAAAGGGGAGAUUCUGGGGGUGGUAAUCGUGGAGUCCGGCUGGGGCUCCAUCCUCCCCACCGUCAUCAUCGCCAGCCUGAUGCACGGCGCACCCGCGGCCAAGUCUGGACGACUCAACAUCGGCGAUCAGAUCAUGACAGUCAACGGCACCAGUCUGGUGGGCCUGCCGCUCUCCACAUGCCAGAGCAUCAUUAAAGGGCUGAAGGCUCAGUCCAGGAUCAAGAUGAACAUCGUCAGGUGUCCUCCUGUGACCAUGGUGCUCAUUCGCAGACCAGACCUGCGCUAUCAGCUGGGUUUCAGUGUACAGAAUGGCAUUAUCUGUAGUCUGAUGCGAGGGGGGAUCGCUGAGAGAGGAGGGGUCCGCGUCGGCCAUCGCAUCAUUGAGAUCAACGGUCAGAGCGUGGUGGCCACAGCUCACGAGAAGAUCGUUCACAUCCUGUCAAACGCUGUGGGAGAGGUAAAGACUCGUUCGGUGAAUCAGUUCAUUCACGUUAUUCAAUUAAAUACACCAGAUGAAAAAUCUGUCAUAAUUCACUAGUCUGAAAGACGUUUU